AGUCCGUCAUCUUCGGCGGGGCUCGACGGUGAACCCACUCCGCCAACACUGAAGAGCGCUAUGCGGUCGAACGAGGGGACACACCGGAAUAGUCCGCUUUAACACCGCUUCUCGGCGCCUUGGCCCGUCGCUUUGGCCCUAUGGAAUGUUCCACGAAGGUUUCGACUGCUGAUAACAACGACUAGGACGACGUUAGCAGGCUUGGAAGCAGCUCCUCUUUGGAUAUUUCCCCGACCUAAUCCCUCAGCUACAUCCGUAUUCCCAGCCAUCAUUCGCGACUGGAGUGACAAUGCUUGUUUAGAGCUUUUUCUACACGCUUUUAGAAGCCUUUUUUGCUAGUACACAUUGUUUUUUUAGUAGCUAACCCCGCCAUGGUGGAUUUCAUUAGGAAGACUUUUGUCGUCCCGGAUAUCAAACCAUUGGAUUUGUACGACAGCACUAAAGCAAAAAUAUGCUCAAGUGUCGCCUGGUUGUUGGCGAAGUCCUACGGCAGUGCAGAGAAUGUCCCCGCUGAGCUGCGAGACCCCUUCUACUGUGACCAGUAUGAGCAGGAGCACCUCAAACCUCCCGUCACGCGCCUCCUGCAGUCCUCAGAGCUUUACUGCCGCACCUACAGUCUGCUGCUACUGGGCACCGGCCGAAACGAGGCGCAGCCCAAAGACAACGCCGCCCUGCUGCGGCUGCUCGCCGACCGAGGCCUGCUGUCCAAAGAGCCUGACUCACCAGUGACCGAUGCGGACCUGAGACAUAAGCCCAUCAAAAUGAGUGCCCACCUAGCGGUAAUGGAUGCUCUAAUGGCCGUCGGAGCCUCGGAGACGGUGGCUUCGGCGAAGACAGGUGCUUCUAAAGAGCUUCUGGGUGAGGCUUCAAGUUGGGAAGACGCUUUGUUUCACUGGGUAAACACGCUCAAUCACAAACUGAGGGAACUCUCCGAAAGAUCCCAAAGUGAACAAACACCUCAAGCCAUCAUAGAGAGUGAGCCGCAAUCCCUUCAGCCCGCUUGUCCUACUCGCUGGUACUGGAAACUAGUUCCUCUCCGCUAUAGAAAGGAUAAAGUUCAGUCCAAACAGAAUCCCAUUUUUCCUGUGGUGAAUGAAGUCCGAGACCUGUCUACUGGCUGUGCGAUCGCCGCCGUUGUACAUUACUACUGCCCCGGCCUGCUAAGACUUGAAGACGUUUGCAUGAAGGAGACAAUGUCACCUGCUGACAGCUUGUACAACCUGCAGUUCAUCCGUGAGUUCUGUGACAGCUGCCUGAAGAGCUGCUGCCACUUGGCCCUGGAAGACAUGCUAUAUUCACCACAAGCGCUUCGGCUCAACAUGUUGAGUUUUCUAGCAGAGAUACUGCACUGUUUUGAAGUGCAAAGGCCAGAUUUUGUUCGACCAGUGGACACAUUAGAUGGCUCGGCACCAUCAAUGCCCAAGGGUGUGAACGGUAACAGCACUUCUCCAUCUAUCUUCAAGAAGCCCUUCCUCCCAAUUUCCUCCCCUGCAUCAGGGUCUUUGAAUCAGUCUACCUCAAUGUCUCAUUUAGAAGGAGUUGGAAAGACGUGGAGCAAAAAAAGCCGCCCCCUGUCAGCGGUAUCCUUCAGCAUUCCCUUUGGCCUGGACAGUGACGUGGACAUUGUAAUGGGCAACCCAGUAAUAACGCGAUCUGUGAGCUCGGACCAGCUUAACCCAACCGGCCCGAGUGUGACUCGGGGGCCCUUUACGCCUCCGGAGCACGUGAGCAAAGCGCCCGCUUCAAACGGCGUCCACAGAGCGUCCUGGUCCAGCCAGAGUCCCGCUCAUCCGAUCAUAGCGGAGAAUGGCGUCGGAGCAACUGAAACGGGAGAGCUGCCGACUAUCGAAGAGGCUCUUCAGAUCAUUCACAACGAGAGGAAGUUGGAGCCUCGCUUACAUCCCGACGGUGCUCCCGAUGGCUUCUACCUCCACUCUCCGGACGACCCCGCCAGUUCGAGACAUCAUCAAAACUCUCCGCCCGUCAGUUGCUCUGCCCCGACACCCUCAGGAAUGAUGCACCGGCCCCCCAAAGAGCCCACCCGGACCAGAAACCCAUCUGAAUGCUCACGUGAUGAUGACUCUGUCUUAAGAGACGGCAGCGUGGACUCAGACGCGUCAGAAGACACGCCGCGGGCUAGGUCCACUCCUAGCACACCCGGCACCGGCGCGCACUCUGCAUCGGACAGUGGCGUAAAGAUGACCAGCUUUGCCGAACGCAAAAAGAAGCAAGGUGGAGAUUCCCGCAAAGCCGGCGACUCGCCUGUUCCCCAAGCGACGACGUGGGAUGUGAAGUUUGAAGAAGGUCCCGGCAAGAGCCCUCAGCUCAAUAAUGAAAUGUCAGAGCUCGGGGUUCGUCUCGAGGAGAAGCGACGGGCUAUCGAAGCCCAGAAGAAACGGAUAGAGGCCAUUUUUGCCAAGCACCGGCAAAGGCUGGGCAAGAGUGCCUUUCUACAGCUGAAGAAGGAGCAGCAAGAGGACGGCGAGGCCGAAGGAGGUCAGUUCAGCACCUCCUCCACCGAGGAAGACCUUUCCCGGUUGACGCUGGAAGAACGGCUGGCCAGCGGGGAGGACGAAGAGCAGCGUCCAUCAGCGGCGCGUGUAGGUCACGUUAAAAGCGGGCCCACCAAAGAGAAGGCAGUUACGCCGGGUGAAAAACCAUCAGCGCCGCUUGGGGACUACAACAACGCUGUUUCCAAGCUGACCGCGGCCCUCAGUUCGCUUCAAAGCGACAUGCAACGGCUCACCGAACAGCAGAACCAACUGGUUCAGAAGAAAGCAUCCGGCAACAAAUCCUGGGUCAUUCCACCCAGCCCCAAGUCGUCCACCCCGGCCCCUUCCCCUGCACGUAUCCAGAGGGAACCCAACAGGGACUUCAGUUCUACCUCCCCGUCGCCAUCUCGCAAGCUCACAAACCACAUGACUCCUCCGAAGUCUCCUAAAACGGUCCAUCGUAGAACUCAGUCCGUGCCCCCUAAGAGUCCCAAACACAGUCGCCCUUCAGAGGGUAGGCUCUCAGGCCUGUCCAGGGUCAUCAACACGCCGCAAAGUGUCGACCGCAUUCCGCAUCUUCGGCGCGUAAACCCCUCGCAAUAUCAAAUCCAAACAUCUUCCUCCUUUUCCAUCGGUGACUCCGAAAGCUUUGACGAACUUCGCUCUUUGGCAGCCACUCCUGUUUCCACAGCGACGCUCACACCGACUCAACAACAGGACGACGCCCUGUCCGAAGCGGGGUCCAACGACUACGAAAGUAUAUUCAGCUUGGACAUGGACCCGCGGUCCUCGCGUGCAAAUAGAAAGGAAGGGGCGGCGGCGGGCGGCUCCAGUUCCGGCGCCCCGUCAGAAUGUUCGUUUGAGAGCGACGCCCCACCGGCAAACGCCAAACGGAGCAGCCUCAUUGAAAUCUCGCUGUCCGCUCUGCAAGGCGAUACGGAGGAUGACGAGCAAGUGCCAGAUCCUUUCUCUGAAGCUGCGAGCGACAAAAACGAGCCAGAUACGAAAGGAGGGGUCGGCUUCUUCUUUAAGGAUGACAACGAGCGACCGGAGGAUGAAAUGGCGCAGAGAAGAGCUGCCUUGCUUGAGAAACAGCAGAAGAGAGCAGAGGAGAUGAAGAAACGCAAGCUGGAGCAGGAAAAGGAAUCAAACAAACCUCAGUGGAUGGUCAUCGAAGGCUGGGGUGGCAAGAGUGAAGACAGGCCUCAAACCCCAGGAACCCCUCCGGCAUCGGCCGAGGGAACCCCUCAGCGAAGAGGAGAUUUCACGCGGCAGGAGUACGAACGCAGACAGCAACUGAAGAUCAUGGAGGACCUGGACAAGGUGCUCAGGCAGAAGCCCACCACUGUGCGCGGCGUCAAGAAACAGAGACCCAAGACCGUGUUCAGGGACGACUCGGCCCUCGGGCACAGCCCAGUCAAGGGCCUCCUGGGCAGCAGGCUGAAUAAGGUCUACUCCCACUCUACAAUGAACUUGUCCUCCAUGGCAAAUGAAUCCGGAGGCUUAACUGUCAGAAGAUCUGGCAGUCGUUCCCACUCUCCCUCCCGCCUGAUGUCGCCAGGACGAAUGAGCGCUCACAAUGGAGACAGGGACUGGGAGAACGGCUCCACGGUUUCCUCCUCUGCCUCAAUACCAGAGUACACAGGACCAAAGCUAUACAAGGAGCCGAGCUUUAAGUCCAACAAGUUCAUCAUCCAUAACGCAAUCUCCCGUUGCUGCCUGGCCGGCAAGGUCAACGAACCCCAGAAAAACAAGAUUGUAGAGGAAAUGGAGAAAAGCACGGCCAACCACUUCCUCAUCCUCUUCAGGGACGCCAGUUGCCAGUUCCGGGCGGUUUACACCAUGAACCCCGAAACAGAGGAAAUGAUGCGGCUCACCGGCAUCGGCCCGCGCGUCAUCACGCUGGACAUGGUGGAGUCGAUCUACAAGUACAGCUCCGACCGCAAGCAGUUCACCGCCAUCCCGUCCAAGACCAUGUCCAUGAGCGUGGACGCCAUCACCAUCCCAGGACACUUCUGGCAAAAGCGCCCGGGAACUCCCAAGAAGCUCGGCACCCCAAAAUGAAUUUUGCUAUUCCGGUUUUCUAUCCUGGCUUGUUUAUGGGAGAUUUUCCUUGCUUAUUUUCUUUUUUUUAGUAGCAGACAAACUGAAAGAACAAUCAACGCUAUGUGCCAAGAAAUUGCUGAAUCUUUUUCCAUCGCUUCCCUUUUCAGAGCUCCCGGAUGGAUGAUUGUACGCGAUAAAGCGCCGUGUAAGAUCCCGCGCCCCUUUCGUGUCAAGAUACGACAACCUCAACGCCUUGCCUUUUUGUUCGACAGUAUUCCGGGCUGUAGUCGUUCAUUGCCGCUUCCCUAUUUUUUCGCUGCCUUUUCUUCUCUCUAGGGCUGAAUCACGAAUAUGGUUGACAGAAGAGGGUGUUCACAUCUGGAAAAGAUGUACGAAUGUCGGGCACGCUCAACCGUGGAAGCGAUUUGGCCGCCCGUGCACUCGACGGCUUCUGCUGUAGACGUUUGGAUGUUCAUUUUCUACUCAUGUUUGCUGGAUGAGUUUUCCUUCAUUGACACGUGGUGCGCUUAUUCUGAGAAACACAACUGGAAAGAUAACCGUGAAGGAGGGCUAGUAUUUGUACUCUGCUAACCAAUGCCGAUUUGACACGUCAUGAAUGCUGAUUACUUUUCGAGAAUAAUUCGCUUGAAAAUAGAAGCUGUGCUUUUUGUAAAAAUCGGAAUAAGCUAGUCCGCUGCUUACACGUGGGUUAGAUGUACGUUUUGGGAUUAAAUGUCGAGGGAAUUAGACAUUUUCUCGUCUUAUUACCAUAAAUUAAUCCCCUUUUUUGUCUGUCCGGGCUUCUUGAUGAAGGAUUUUUCUGGACUGUAGCAGCCCUAAAUCUAAGCCACUCGGUCUGUUUAGACUCUGAGGAAUGUAAACGGCCAAAUUUUUUUAUUGUAACACUACAUAUUUGCCAGUGAUGGUAAAUUUGCCCCCGUGAGCUUCCAUUGGGUUGUCUGUUUAAAAUCACUGGCUGCCUCCAACAUGUCACAUAUUGACAAUGUUGAUGUGAAGACAGGAAAAAUAAAAAACAGAAAAAAAAAUAAGAAUGUGCACAUGGACUAUGGAUGUGUAUUUAUUUAUCAAGAGUAGUAUGUGGUUAUGCAAUAACUUUAUUUUGAUUCUGUGCAAUCCUCCCCCUAAAAUCUGCCACCCAAGGGGGUCUAUUUAUUUAGUUUGCUUUACAUUUGAUGUUUAAUUUCAGGUUCUACUAAUUUUUGUCGGUUCAGGUAGUACUCCCCUCCUCCCAUCGCUGUCGUUAUGUGUUUAUUAUAUUUUUUUCUGUCAUCAAAUCUGUGCCAGUAUGUGUAUGUUUAUUUCCUUCAUUGACUCUCCUUGGCAUCAGGACCAGAAUAAAAAUCAUUUUUAAAUCA